GGUUGGUGCCUGCGCGGACAAAGGGAAAGAAUUACCUAAUGAAGUAUGGCUACGUUGCCCAAGGACCCGACGGUGCACCGAGCAAUCCGGCCGAUAUACCGCGGGCACUCAAGACACUCCAGAAAUUUGCCGGUAUCGAGGAGACGGGUAUCCUGGACGACGCGACCGUCGAGCUGCUGGGCAAAGAGCGAUGCGGGGUGGAGGACAUCAUCGGCUCGGCUAAGAUGCAGGCCAAACUCCGCCGGGGCUCCGAGCCUGGCUUCAGCCGCUACAGCACGGCCCAGCGGGAGAGGCGGUACAACAUCGACGGAGCGAAAUGGAGCACGACCAACUUGAACUACUACUACGAGAACUACGCCGAGGACAUCAGCCAAAGCGACAUGAGGGACGUCAUCAGCAGGGCCUGGAGGGUCUGGUCCGAUGUCACGCCGCUGACUUUCACCGAGGUUGAGGCCAAGCCCCAGGCCCACAUCGUCAUCAAGUUCGCGCGGGGUAACCACGGCGACGGGGAGUACGCCGCCUUCGACGGCCCAGGUGGCACCUUAGCCCACGCUUACUUUCCAGAGAACGGCGACGCCCAUUUCGACGAGGACGAGGAGUUCACGGUGGCCUCCCCCGAUGGGACCAACCUGUUCAUCGUGGCCGCCCACGAGUUCGGCCACAGCCUAGGGCUGGCCCACUCCAGUGAGCAGGGCGCCCUCAUGUACCCCUGGUACCAGGGCUAUGUGCCCGACUUCCAGCUGCCGCGAGACGACAUUUUGGGCAUACAGCAACUGUAUGGUAAGCCUGACGUAGCCCGGCCGGGGACGCCGAUGGAUGAUGGCUUCGGGCCUCGCAUCAAGCCCGGGCGCCCAAAUACCUGCACCAGCGACUGGGAUGCAGUAACAAUGGGUGGGGAUGGGCUCACCUACGCCUUCAAGGGGCGUUAUCUCUGGGCCAUCAAUGACGUGGGCGUGGUUCGAGGCUACCCCAAGAAGAUCGGCCUUGUGUACCGUGGAGCCCCUAGCAAUAUACACGCUGCCGUCACCACGUUUGCCUACUCCCAGCCUAGGACCUACAUCUUCAAGGGGCAUCGAAUGUGGAGAUUCACCAACUUCGUUCUGGACCCUGGCUACCCGAAGAAGACCGCCCCUCGCGGCGUGCCACAGAGCCCCAACGCGGCCUUCGUCUGGGGCGGUAACGGUCAGAUGUACAUAUUCAAGGGGGCGCGGUAUUACGAAUUUAACCCGGAGCGGGAGAAGAUCGUCGGCUCCCCGUUGAAGAUCGCCACGAAGUGGCCUGGUGUCCCCGUCAUGAUCGACGGCGCCCUCCAGUGGCGCAACGGAAGGACCUACUUCUUCAAGGGCGACAGCUACUGGCGGUUCAAUGACGCCAAGCUGAAGGUUGGGCGGGACUUCCCGCGCUCCAAGGCCCUGUACUGGAUGGGUUGUGGACUGGAGGAAGGGCAGGUCCUUCCAGAAAGACUUCAAAUGUCAGAGGGGAAAUGAGAUAUUCAGAUAUUCAAAUACCUGCUUGGUAGAAGCUAAAUAAGGCUCUCCCUUAGAGAUUCCCCAACCUUUUUUUCACAAAACAAGCAAGCAUUACUGAUUUGCAUUUGGUGGGGCCGACUGGGUGGACAGAGAAACCUUUGCCUGUAAUACAAGCAAUGCACUUCAGGCUCAGAAACGCCCCCACAAAAAACGGCGGCUGCCUUAUUUUUACACAUAUGUUCUAAAUUAAUUUGAUGUCUGCAGGAUGCUUGACAGUUUGGAAAGGCAGUUAAAUGCUCGUUGUUUCUGUGUUCGUGUAUAUCGUUAGUGAAAAGGCUGCGUCCAUGUCCCUGCGGCUAUCUAAUGAGGGGAUGCCGUUCAUUUACAACAAACGAGAAACUUGUCUUCAAACUUACCUUACAAGUACGUUUAUUGACAUUUCCACUAGGGCAAUAUUUGCAGAACUGGCAUGUACCGACUGGAAGCGUUUUUGCCUUUUGUAAAAGGCGAAAACAAAUUCGGUGCUUGGGGUUAGUAGUUAGGUCGCCUCGUCGGUACACUUUGACCUUUUCCUGUGCAUAGAAAUUAUGCCCCGAGUAUGGAGUUGUUUAGGGUUAAAAUGUCAACUUAGACUAUUGGUUGCAAGGCAAUAAGAUUUUGUCGGGCCCUGCCACACCAGCUAUGCUCUUUGAUGUCUAACUAGCUUCGUGUUCGUAUGGGUUGGAUGCGAAAAGAAACGACAACCAUUUCAGAAUUAAAGCUUUGGAAUUUCGAUGUGGUGUACAUAAUGGUGUUAUUUGGUGAUGUAUGUAUAGAGUCGCUACUCAUGACACUUUUAACGUAAUAUAUCUUGCACGUUUUCAGAACCGUAUAGUUGCCAGAUUGUAACAAUACAAGUGACUCACAAUAGUGCACCUUCAAGUGUGUGCAACGCGUUGGCCAAUUACAACGCAAGAAAUCUGUCGACCCUUUCCAAACGCGCAUUGGCUCGACAGUUAAUUUUCGUGCAUUUUGAUUGACCAAGGCGUUGAAAAUCUUGUUAGGUGCACUAUUGUGAAAUACCCGUAUUCGCGUAGAUUUUACUUACAGUCGACAACACUUUAUAAUACUGUUUUCAAAGGGAUAUUUUAUCAAAAUGAUACUUGUUAAACAAUAAUAAAAGUAUUGUAAAUAUUAGUGUCAGGUAUAAUGCCAUUUUAACCACUUUGCUCUUUGUAAGUUUACGGGACUUUUUCCAAAUACACUGUAUCAGAGUUUUUCUUACAAUUUGAGCAAUAAAAAAAUCCCUUGACUUUCUCUAGUUCGUGUCGGUCCA